AUGUCUGACACCUCACUUAUUGGAAUUGAUUUGGGAAGUUGUACUAUUGAAGUCGCAUAUUAUAGAGUCAAUAAACAAUUAGCUGAAAAUGCAAAGUUUAGUACAGGAAAAUACUUUUAUCCAACGUUUUAUGGAUAUAACCCUAAAACAAAGACAGAGUUGUUUGGUGAUAGUGCUAAACAAGCACUAUCUAAAAAAGGUAUAACUGUUGCUUAUGAAUUUAAGAGAUUUAUUGGAAAAUCAUUUGACGAUAAAAUUAUUGAAAACGAUAUUAAAAGAGCUCCAUAUAAAUCAGUUAAAAUGGGUGAUUCAUCUGUUGGCAUUGAAAUAGAUAAAGGAAAAAUUAUGUCCCCAAUAGAAAUAUAUUCUAAAUUAUUAAAUGCUGCUAUAGACGACUUAAAAACUAGUCAAGUUCGUUUUGAAAAUGUUGUUGUUACUGUUCCACUUUCUUUUGGUGACAAUGAAAGAGAAGCAAUUAAACACUUAUUUGAUGAAUUUUCACUAAACAAUAUAGCGGUACUAAACGAAUCAACAGCAGCUGCAAUUGAUUUUGGGUAUGGUGAUUUUAAUACAGACGAUUCUGAAAAAAAAGAAAGUGAUUCUAAAAAUAAAAAAAAACCAGAAGGUAAUUUUGUUGUGUUUGAUUAUGGAGGAGGGACAUUAGAUAUUAGUGUUAUUCAAUACUCUCUUAGUAAGAAUAAUACUCAUAAUUUUAAUGUUUUAGCUCAUGGUGGUCUCAGGAAUAAUGGUGGUAGUGAUAUAGAUGAAUUAAUUGCACAAUACGUAAUCUCAGAAACAAAAGAUGGUAUGUACGAAAUAGAUGAGAUUGACGAUGAGGUUGCUUUCCUCAAAUCUAAGACUGGAAAGUCUCAACUUAAAGUUGAGUGUGAAAAAUGUAAAAUUAGUCUUUCUUCAAAUUCAUCAUAUACUUUUACUUUACCACAACCAGAUGGAGAAGAUAAUGAAGCUGAAGUUACCAUUGAACUUGAAGACUUUAAAAAGAUUUGUUUGCCUCUUUUUACACAAGCUGUUGAUGAAUUAAAGAGAGUUAUUGAUAUGGCAAAUGUUAACAUUAGUGAAAUUCUUAUGGUAGGUGGUACUUCUUCUAUUCCAUACAUUUCUCAAAUGAUUCAACAGAGGUUUGGUAUAAAACCGACUCUUUCUGACCAUCCAUUAUUUGCAGUUUCAAGAGGAGCUGCAAUUAAAUGUGCAGAAUUAAAGCAAAAAGCUAAAACAAGUAGUACAGAAGUUGCUACUUAUUCUGUUGGAAUUGCAACAUAUAAUCAAUUAUUUGGAAUUCGAACAGUCCAAACAAUUAUUCCUGAACAAAGUAAAUUACCAUUUACAGGGAGAUAUGAAUUUGUAUUACCUAAUGAAAACCAGAAAAGUAUUCAACUUGAUUUAUACAGAGAUACAAAAAUUCCACUUCCAAGUAAUUUUAUUGGGACUCUAUGUGUUGAUAUUGAAGGUAAAUGUCAUAAAGGAUCUAGAGUUGAUUUAUUUAUCAAAAUGAAUCAAGAAGGAAUGUUAAAUAUAACAAUUGAAUUACCACAAUCAACUCUUUCCCAUAAAUUUGAUGCAGAAAUUAAACUCAAUCAUUAA